AUGUCUGGAGUCAUCUUUAAUAAUCACCAGGCAGGCGCUGGUGGCUGUCUGCACCCCAGCAAGUGCACUCGUCUGGAAAUGGACAUUAUCAUAGUCUCGUACAACUUCUUGAGCGGUCUCUAUCGCGCUAUAGAGCAAUACAAACACAGCUUUCGUCGGUUCACCGAGGGGGAUGGCCUCUUUCAGAACCUAUCUGCGCUCUUCCCUUUCUGGUCUUGUUGGGAUCAGAUGUUCCAGGCGGUCUGCCUGAAGAUGUCUUACGGUGAUGCCGGGACGGAGUUACUGAACGAGAUUGAAAAUCUUUACUUCUGUUAUAAGAGCAAGGACCUGGAUUGGAAAACCUGUCGCAGUGGCCGCUUGGGGUACACACAGAAUGGACAGGCAGCAGUUACCGGCUCUCAGUGCGACUUCUAUCUUGGCAAGAAUGCUGAGUGGGACAGCGAGUUUGAUAUUCCUAUGCUCCAACGGGGUGGUCUUCGGGCCAUCGAGGAUGGUCUUCCCGUUAAGUACUGGCCAAUCGGCACCAGGGCUGCAGGUGAGAAACCUGCGCAGCCACCAGCUUCGCGCGCUGAGAUCCCAAAUAAGAUGCGUGCUCCGGCAGCCGUUGUCUCCUCUCCUGCUGCCAGGAAGAGCGGCUAUGUCAAACGAGGCCCAGCUACUUAUGCUGCGAAUCACAAAAUAUGGCAGCACAGCAGACAAAGCUCUCCCGGAAGGACUUCGACACAGAUGACAAAGGACGCUUGGUAUCCGGGGCACCCGAACAAAGUCUUUCUCCAGAUUGGAGACUACCCCAAUCAAGAAAAUCGUCCAGUCGUAACCUCGACGAAGCCGAGCUUUAUCAGCUGGGAGGAGUACGUGACUCUCCUUGGCCACGGGCUGAUCUACGAGCACGAGUACGUGGCGGGGCUGAUGAAGUCCCUUGCGGACUCUCGCAACCCUGAAAGUGAUUGA